CCGGUCGUAUUUUUAGCAUUUGGUAUGUCUAGGUUUAGGGAUGAAGUUCAGAUGUUGAGAAAGCUCUGCGAUCUCGUUCGUCCUUCUGCUCUGUUUUGUAGAACAUGGUUCUGAUUGUUCGAUUUUGACAACAACCAUGGAUGCAGCUAAGGAUCGUUUGAUGCGAAGAGUGACGAUUGGUGUAACUUCUCUCGUUGCCGCACUGAUGAUUACUGCGGAUUACGGCUCGCAUCCUCAUGCACUCUCUGCUGUGACGAGAUGGUGGGAUGCUGGAAAGGAGUGGUUUCUUAAGCCCUCCGAGAAAGAAUUGGCGGAGCUGGAGAAAAUUCGAAAGGAGUUCAACGUGCGGAAGGUUACAGAGGACGAUCACGAAGGAACCAAGUGAUCUUAUCUGUAGAUGAACUUUUUACAUCCCGUGUUUUACGAUGUUGUGAGCUCGAAUGUACAGACGCCGGGAGUUGCAAUAGAGGAUUGGAGGUGAUGUCGUGUUGGCUAGCACACUUGGAUACCAUGAGGUCGGAAACUUUUGUGUUCACCCAUCGAUGCCUUUUCUGGUGCCCUCCUGCGAAAUGUAUUGUGGUGGCUGCUCAGAUUCCAGGUUGAUUGAAUGCCCGAACUCGACUUAGGUUGGACCUCAUCGAACAUCAAUUUAACUCCACUUCAAGGUCUGUCAAGUGGUCGGCGAAGCCAUUCGAAAUAAAACACAAAUGAGCCUCUACAAGGCUGACGCCAGGUCACAAAUUUCCUGUGUUAAAACACUUGGUGCCGAGAGUGCCAGCAUCACAAGUCUGGAAGCUUUAGUAAUAUUUAUCAGCUGGAGACUUCGAAACGGAAGUUAUGGGAACUAUAGUUCCCAUAACAUCUGUAUAGAAAUUGUUAGCCCAGAAGAAUAGCAAAUAAGCUAUAGUUCUGCCUGCUACCUAUUCUUCAUGGGAUACUAUACAUCAUAACGGGAGUUUUCGUCCACAUCGCUUUUCACAUCCACUACUGCGUGAGAACACGGAUGACAAGAACCAGGCAAUUUAGCACAUCAACACAGGCAUCAAAUGUCAGGCAGUGAAGUUGGUUGUUAUGCUGGAUCGUGCGAUACAUAAAAGUACCUGUGAUGAUGGUUAUAUUGUAACAUACUGAUUUUCUCGUGAUGUAUCUAGCAUCGCAGAUUGGCAUCCUGUAAUCUACUCUGUAUAAUUUCUUGACUAAAGCGAAG